GCAUAAUGUGUCCGACAGCCGAGCGUCAGCGCGGAGAGACACCAUUUCUGCCGGUGCGUGCAACACGCGAAAACAAAUAAUAAUACAGGAUACAAGAUUAAAAGAAAUUAAGUGCGGAAGUAAUAGAGCUUCAACGACUUUAACUUAACGCAUAGUUAAUUCAUUGUUCUUGAGUAUUAAGAUUGAAAUUUAUAUAAAAUUGCGAAUAAAAGAUGCGAGUGUUACCAGUGAUUUUCCUUUGCUUGUACUAUUUGUUAGUUUGCGAUGGAUAUCGUUUGCUUGCACUGUUUCCUUUUCAAGGCAAGAGUCAUUUCGUUAUGUUUGAGCAUCUGAUGAAGGGCCUGGUCAGAAAGGGCCAUCAAAUUGACGUAGUCACAAGUUUUCCAUUGAAGAAGCCUUAUCCAAAUUACACUGAUAUCGUGACAGUGCCAAUAACUCUGAAGUUGGUGAAUAAUAUGAGCUAUGAAAUGAUGACUAAUCUUCUCGUUGGAAACCCGACGUACAUUGUUGGAACGAUGGGAGGAAACGAUCUUUGCAAACUUUUAGAAGAUCCGAAAAUAAAAGAGCUGGCGCAACCGAAAAAUCCGCCUUACGACGCAGUGCUAAUGGAGGUUUUUGGCGCGCAAUGUUUCGGAAUCAUUGCCUAUUUAUUGAAAGUUCCCUUGAUCGGAGUCAGCAGCACGUCUCUGUACCCAUGGUUACAUGAAAUGGUUGGUCAACCUGAGAACCUGGCCUUUGUGCCGAACAACAUGUUAACUUUCACCGUCCCUAUGAAUUUCUGGCAACGUCUGUAUAACGUCUUACGCACGCUUUACGACAAAUGGUUUUUCUGUUACACGACGACACGGGAGCAAACCAGGUUGAUAAGGGAGAAUUUCGGACCGGACAUGCCGGGCGUACGAGAAUUGGAGCGGAAGGUGUCGCUGAUCCUCAUCAACUCUCACAUCACGCUAAAUGGGAUACACCCAAGGACACCUGCCGUAGUGGACGUGGGAGGGAUUCACGUCUAUACUGAAAGUGAAACGUUGCAACCUGAACUAAAGAAAUGGAUGGACGACAGCAAAGAUGGUUUUAUAUAUUUCACCUUUGGCUCGAUGGUGAUGAUUGAAACGUUUCCACGCGAGUUUCUAAAGAUCUUUUACGCUUCGUUAGGCAAAAUAGCACCUGUGCGGGUUUUAAUGAAAAUACCAGCUCCGGAAAAACUGCCACCCGGUUUGCCUGAAAAUAUUCAUGUGUCUCCUUGGAUGCCGCAGCUUAAGAUAUUAAAACAUCCUAAUAUAAGAGCCUUUAUCACCCAUGGCGGCCUAAUGGGCACGCAAGAAGCGGUAUCGUGCGGUGUUCCUAUGAUCGGUAUACCACUUUUUGGCGAUCAAUUUACGAAUAUCAACGCAUAUGUUGCCAGAAACGUUGCCAUACAACUGGAUGUUAAAACACUUACCGAAAAAAGCAUGGAUGCAGCCUUAAACGCGAUAUUACAAGACCCUCUGUACAGGGAGAGUGCGCGGAAUCUUUCCCAACGAUUCUUCGAUCGGCCACUGGAUGCUAUCGACACAGCUAAUUAUUGGAUCGAAUACGUCAUCCGGUACGGCGAAAAUUCUUUGCGAUCGCCCGCUAUAGAUAUGACCUGGUGGCAAUUGUCUCUCAUCGAUGUGAUCGGGUUUCUUCUACUUUGCGCAACAAUCGUUAUCGCUAUAAUAGUGUUCAUUGUGCAAUUCAUAUUGAAAUUGAGGCACAAAGAUACUAAUACAUUACAUUCAAAAAAGUUUAAAACAAAUUAAUCAUUAAUUAACGAUAAACAAUACUGUACAUUUUGCUUUAUAUUUAUAUCUUUGCACACAAAUUUAUCAAAGAAAAUAUAACUUUCUUAGUAAAAGUAUUGAGGGACAUAAAUAAAUAGAUUCGUGUUUUUUUAAAUGCAUAUAUUGCACUUUGAUAUUUUUCAACAAAUAUUUAUUAAACGUAAUAUAAUUUUUCGACAGAUUUCUUGGUAGCUUAAUUUUAUUCGUAGAAAAGCACAUAUCGUUUAUACGCCAUAUUCACUAUGUACAGACACAUUUAUAUUAUUUUCACAAAAUAAAGGUCAAGACGAGCAUAAUAUGGAUGAUCAAAAUACAUACAUUACUGAACAAUUACA